AUGGUGCCGCCCACCGUCUCACUGCUGCACGUCUUCAACACGAGGGCCCCCGACCCUCAGAGGCCCCCCCGCCCCGGCCCCGCCUGCCAGGCACCACCGAGCAGCAGGGCGCGCGUCCCGCCGACGGGGGUCGCUGUCCCUGGAGCCCCCGCCGCCGCGCGCACCGCCCAGCCCGCCGGCCUCAAGGCCCCAGAGCGCACUCGGCCGGGCGGCGGCCAUCGACCGCGGACCCGCGAGGCCUGCGGGGACGGUGUGCGUGUGUGCGGCUCUGCCUGUCUCUCCCCCAGUGCAAGGGUCGCACACGAUAAAGUUACCUUUUAUGGGAGGUUGCUGGGCCAGUCACAGCCCGGGUACGGACCAGCACCUAUGCCCCCCGGCCGCCUGGGCGCGCCCUACUCCGAAGCCUGGGGCUACUUCCACCUGGCACCCGCGCGCCCAGGGUGCCCGUCGGGCCACGGUGCCACCUGUCGCCUGUGCGGGGAGCAGGUGGGCGGUGGGACCGCGGCACUGUGGCAGCACCUGGAGCGCGCGCACCGGCCCGAGCUGGAGAAGAGCGGAGCCCGCCGGCCUGCACCGGGGCCCGCGGCAGAGCGCGCCGAGGGCGACUGGGCGCGCCUGCUGGAGCAGAUGGGCGCGCUUGCCGUGCGCGGCAGCCGGCGCGAGCGCGAGCUGGAGCGGCGCGAGGCGGCCGUGGCCCGGGCGAGCCGGGAGCUGCAGGCAGAGCGCGAGGCGCUGCGGGAGGCGGAGCGAGCUGUGGCCCGGGCGAGCCGGGAGCUGCAGGCCGAGCACGAGGCGCUGCGGGAGGCGGAGCGAGCCGUGGCCCGGGCGAGCCGGGAGCUGCAGGCCGAGCGCGAGGCGCUGCGGGCGCGGCUGCAGGAGCUGAGCGCGGCCGAGCGCGGGACCGCGGCGCCGCCUGGGGAGCCCCAAGCGGGCGACACAGCCCCUGUAGGACGGGGCGCAGCCGUCGGCCCGGCAAAGGGAGUUGCUGGGCAGCGCGAGUGA